AUGUCAAUGUCUCAAGAAUCUAAGAUUGGGCUCGUUCUUGAUAAUCGUUUUGAAAUUACGGGUAUUAUUGGUGUUGGUACAUAUGGAAUAGUUUAUAUAGCAAUGGAUAUUUUUACAUGUGUUUCAUAUGCAAUUAAAUCUAUUUUGAAAAUGGGACAUGAUUUUCGUCAACAGAAAUUUCAAGCACGUGAAAUUGCAUUGCAUUCAAAAGUCCACUCUCAUCCCCAUAUUGUGUCUAUAAUUGAAAUCCUGGAUGCACCUGAUUGUGUAUAUAUUGUAAUGGAAUAUUGUUCAGAAGGAGAUCUUUUUACAGCAAUUACAGAAAAGAAUGGAUAUGUUGGGAAUGAUGCCUUAAUUAGGCAAGUUUUUCUGCAAUUGUUGAGUGCAGUUGAAUAUUGUCAUUCAUCAGGAAUUUAUCAUCGUGAUUUGAAACCAGAAAAUAUUCUUGUUACUCAGUCUGGGAAAUUUUUGAAGUUAGCAGAUUUCGGUCUUGCUACUACAGAAGUAUUUACGUCUGAGUUUGGUUGUGGUUCGCCAUUUUACAUGUCACCUGAAUGCUUACAAGCAACGACAAAUUUCUCGCAUUAUGGAUCUGCGCCCAAUGAUGUUUGGUCAUUGGGUGUUAUAUUAGUGAAUCUGACAUGUGGACGUAAUCCUUGGAAACGUGCGUCUAGUGCGCUUGAUGAAACAUUCCGUGCUUUUCUUCAGAAUCCUGCAUUUCUUCGUUCUAUUUUACCUCUUUCGUCUGAAUUGUAUUCGAUUCUUCAGCGUGUUUUUGAUCCAAACCCGACUACUAGGAUUACUCUUCCAGAAUUACGUAUUUCUAUCAUUAAUUGUUCAAAGUUUACUGUUUCUUUUGAAAGUUACAGGAAUGCUGUUGGUUUCUUGAGAAAUGAUCUUUCGUUCUUCAAUAAUACUUUAGAUGAUAAAGUUUCUAUUUCUCGGCUUUUGACUCCACCUUCUUUUUCUUUCAAAGAAAGUCCAUUAACACCAUCUACAUCAAAAACAAAAAAUAUGCUGCCGGGGCAGUUCAAUCUUCCUAUAACACCAAUUUCGCCUAAACGAUUUUGACAACGGUGUAUCUCUUGUUUUUUAUUCAUAUUUGGGUUGUAGGGUUUUUUGCAUUUAGGUUUAAAUUUUAGGAAUAAUAGUUUCUUUGGUGUUUGCUUAAGCACUAGUAUUUAGAUAUUCUGGAAAUAUAUCGUUAUCGGUUCUCGUCAUUGAUGC